ACCUUCAUUUUACAAGUUACUCCAGGAUCAUGGCCAGUUUUUAAUGCUUUCGAGACUUGAUUAUACCCAAUUCUGUCAAAAGGUAAAAUUUCCAACUUCAACAUAUUUAUCAAGAUAACAAGGUAGGAAAUGAAUUGAGCUUGCUCAUGACUGAUUAAAUUUUUGCAUAAGUAAAACAUUAUGAUUGUUUCAGUCCUUAGAUUCAAGAUUCGAAGAACUUUAUUAAUCCCUUAGAAAUUUUACUUGGAUAUUUUGCCUAACCCUAACUCUACAGGGCUAAGGCUUGGUGUCCAUUGUUAGAUUUAAGUAUAAGAUUAAGAGCUGGCCCUUGUUUUGUACUUUGUAAUUUACUUAGGAAGUACAAAGGAAUUAAUAAAAUCUAAUGCAAGUAUUACAAUAAAAGUUAGUACUAAAAAGUUACUACUGAAACCCAGAUGACCCAAAUCUAGACCCUUGACUGCUGAACUUUAGUUUUUUUUAUCAGUAAAGGCACAUGAACAAACAAAAAUGGGUUUAAAGUCUCAGCUGAGCUUCCAAUGCCAUAAGCCUUCUCCAGUUUCCUUUCCAGUUUUGCACGAGACACCAUGGACAUUACCGCUGUGAACGCUCUCUCAUAUGAGGACUUUUUGGAAAUAUUUGGGAACGUGGUUGAGAAAUGCCCCAUCAUCCCAGCUGCGAUAUGGAUACACCGUCCUUUCACAGGCCUGGCAGAUAUCGAGGCUCACAUAUCCGAUUUCAUCGAUUGUCUACCUGAAUCAGGUAAAGAGGGGAUCCUCCGGUGCCACCCGGACCUGGCGGGCAGGGAGCUGCAGCGCGGCGCGUUAACCCGGGACUCCCAGGAGGAGCAGCACGCGGCCGGGUUCACCGACCUGCAGCCGGCAGAGGUGUCGCGCAUGCGCGACCUCAACUCCGAGUACAAGGAGCGCUUCGGCUUCCCAUUUGUCAUAUGCGCGCGGCUCAACACCAGACAGGAUGUCAUGCGCGAGCUGCGUCAGUGCCUCGGCAACGAUCGUGCGGCCGAGAGAGCGCGCGCCAUCGGCGAGGUGAAGAAGAUCUGCACGCUGCGAUUGCGCAACCUCGUGCUUUCCGAAUGCGCAACGAAGCUCUGACGUCACAAGCAUAGAAAGGCCACGUCAUAGACUGAAGUCUGGGGAAAAAUCCUCUGAGCAUUAAGUUUAAAUCUUUAUCUGAUUAGUGUGUAGUGGUAAAACGUGCAUUGUACACUACAUAUAGUGGUGUAUUUUAUGAUUCAUAAUACACAAUAAACUUAGCUUUACAGUAUUAUGCAGUUUCGUAAAAAUAGUACAUGUUAUUAUACAAUGAUAUCACUGUGUUUACACUAUAUUAUGAACAUGAACUUUAUUAACAAAAGUUAAACAAGUGUUAAACCAUAUGAAGUUGGUCCUUCGUUUGCAGCCAUAACAGCUUCCACUCUUGGUGUUUCUGUGGGAAUUCGUGUCCAUUCAUUCUUUAGAGCAUUUAUGAGGUCAGGCAUUGAUGUUGGAACGAGAAGGCCUAGCUAACAAGGAUGCCUAGACCAUCUCAGUUCCAGUUCACACCAAAGAUGCUCAAUGGGGUUGAGGUCACGGCCCAAUGUAGGCCAAUUAAGGUUUUUCACACCGAACUCAUAAAACCUUGUCUUUAUAGUCCUUGCUUUGUGUCCUGGGGCACAGUCAUGUUGGAAUAGAAAAAGACCUUUCCCAAACUGUUGCCACAAGGUUGGUAUGCUGGAGAUAAAGAUAUCUGAUCACUGGGGAAAAGGGGCCUGAUUGAAAUACCUGAAUAAAAUAAGUAACAUGUUUGGCCCAAACUUUUGUCCAUGAAGUGUAUAACUAACCAAUAACGGUGUAAUUUAGCAAUAAACCAGCAUGUCAUAUUUAAUCCUGAGAAGUAUUUGUCUAUUUUAAAUGAUCAUUUUUAUAAUAUUCUCGGUUGACGAUGAAAGAAACGAAAAGUGUCCCAGAAAAAAAUAUACAUGUUCGUGCUGCCCUCUAGUGGCGAAAAUGCAGAUUGCGUUACUUUACCUACAAGUCUAUUUAAAUACUGUCUUGUUUAUUUGUGCUGCUUUA